AUCAUGUGGACUCCCUGAGGUGUGGAGAGGAGAACUGAAGCGGGGGGACGAGGACCGGGUCGAAGCGGGACGGGAGACUCGAGACGCGAGCUGUCCCGCGCACGGAAGACCCCCGUUGGAGUGUCUGAACUAGGCUGCAAUGGACUCUUCACUCCACCGGCGACUCGACGGCAUAAAGGACUAACACUAGACCAGACCCAAGCCUGAUUCCGACCAGACUGGCCCUGGUUAUGAUCAUCUGCAGUCUGGCUCUGGCUCUCAAAGGAAAGGGGGUAAGAUGUUUGUGGAGUCUGUGGUUCGAUGGGCAGCGUUGGGCAUCCUGCUGCAGGCCGGACUGCAGGUGUCAGCAGAAAGUUGCCCUCCACGGUGCGUGUGUCCACACGAGGCGAAGGAAGUCAUCUGCUCCGGCAAACAUUUGAACACCAUCCCGGAGGGUUUUUCCGGCGAUGCAAGGCGUCUGGAUUUGUCCUACAACAAGAUCAGGACUGUAGGGCGCCGGCAGUUCUCUGGCCUCCCGCAACUUCAAGAACUCGACCUUAGCGAUAAUCUAAUCUCUAUGAUUGAGGUGGAUGCUUUCCAGGGACUACAGAUCCUCAGGACACUUCGGAUUAAAAACAAUCGACUCAAGAUCAUUCCUGUCGGGGUUUUUUCUGGCCUGUCCAGUCUACGAUUUUUGGAUCUGAGCCAGAAUGAGAUUCUGGUCUUCCUAGACUACACAUUCAAAGAGAUGGUGAACCUGCAGACGCUUGAGGCUGAUGAAAAUGACUUGGUGUUCAUCUCUCAGCGGGCUUUUGUGGGUUUGCAUAGUCUGCAGGAACUUAACAUAGAUCGUAGUAAUUUGACGUCUAUUCCCACCGAGGCGUUGUCUCAGCUCCAGAGCCUGAUGCGCCUUCGCAUGCUCCGUCUCACCAUUUCCACUCUGCCUAACAAUGCUUUCCGUCGGCUGCAUCGUCUACACACCCUGAUCAUGGUGAGUUGGCCAACUCUGGACACGAUGGCGAGCAACAGCCUGAUUGGACUCAAUUUGACUGCUCUGGUCAUUAGCAACUGCAACCUCAGUGCUGUGCCAUACUCAGCUCUUCGUCCCCUGGUACACCUGCGCUUCCUAGACCUGUCCUAUAACCCAAUCACUGUUAUUCAAAGUAACCUGUUGGGGGAUCUCCUUAGACUCCAAGAGUUACAUCUUGUCGGGGGGAACUUGCUACGUAUAGAACCGGGGGCUUUCAGGGGCCUAACCUACUUUCGCAUGCUUAAUGUUUCAUCCAAUCACCUCACAACUUUAGAGGAGAGCACCUUGCACUCAGUGGGAAACCUUCAGGUGCUCAGACUGGAUGGGAAUCCCCUAGCUUGCGACUGCCGCCUGCUAUGGGUGGUACGUCGGCGAUUGCGCCUGAACUUUGACGGACACCAGCCCACGUGCUCUACCCCCGACACCGUGAGGCAGCGAGAAUUCAGAGACUUUUCGGAAAAGGAGCUGCCGAGGCUGUUUACCUGCCGUCCUACCCGUAUAUUAGAUCGUAGGCCGCAGGAGGCCAGGGUGGAGGAAGGCACCACUGUUCUGUUCUCCUGCAAGGCUGAUGGUGAUCCAGCUGCAUCCAUCACCUGGAUCUCGUCCCACAAGAAUAAAGUCUCUUCAACGGGAAGAAUCAGGGUUUUGCCUAAUGGUACUCUGGAAGUCCGGUAUGCACAGGUCCAUGACAGCGGCACCUAUCAGUGCCUCGCCGGCAACGCUGCCGGCAACGACAGCCUGACAGUCGGCCUCUAUGUAAAGGCGGUCGCUCGAAACCGAACUAUCCCCUUCUUCACCGAGGAAGACUGGCUGGAGCCCCCGGUCCCCCAAGCUACCAAUUCCUCGGCCGAAACGGCCAGGCCCUACCCUUUUGACGCCAAGACGCUGAUCAUCGCCACCACCAUGGGCUUCUUGUCUUUCCUCAGCUCGGUGGCCAUCUGCUUUGUCUUCAUGUUCUUCUGGAGCCAGAGCAAAGGCCAAAUCAAGCACACGGCCACCAUUGACUUUGUUCCUCGCUCCUCCAUGGGCGGGGGAGGAGACGGCGGGGACGGUGGCAGGUUCACCAUGAAACUUAUUUAAAGCCGACUAAGCAGUUUGGACCUUUAAGGACUCCUCUUUCGGAGUCAGCGGGUUGGGCUACUUACCACUCACCGUAACUCGCGCACUUCAUACCGACAUGCAUUCUGGGUCCACCAAACCUUUUCAAGUGCUCGUCCCGCAUUGCAGCGUCUUUAUUGCCAACACAAGCCGUGGAGCUGAAGAGACCGUAGCAGUAAAACACGUUGAGUGGCGGCUUCCCGGGGACGUUUGCGAGUCGCACCAACGACUACCGGCUUAAUGUACACAAGGAAUGACACGUUUUGGUUUCUUUACCGCAUGUAUCACUUUUUUUAUAUCGCAUGGAAAUACUUCUUUCUUUUGUAACUGCGCAACACGGGAGAAUAUGUGCCUCAGUAACGGAGAACAUGCGGAUCGUGUGAAUAUUUAGGUCAAGGACGUGGGUGAGUGCUGGCUUACUUCUGUCUCUCAGUUACUCCUGACGUGUGGACGCCGCUCAACUGUUUCUAUUUUUUGGAUUUUGCCAACUUCAUUAGCCUACGCACAUUUAAGGUGAUUAAACGACGCUGUCUCAAUCUGCCACGUGUGUUUCCUGCGUUCAUGUCAGCUUACCCAAUCGGAAUUGAGGUCUAAUCAUCUUCAAAUGAAAUCUUCCGGCCAGAUCAUUCUUUUGUCAGAGGCAAAGAGCAGCAGCACGUAUUCUUGCGUAACCAAAAGCACUUAAUCUGUACUUUGUGUUUCGGAGCACACACAAAAAUGGCCUCGUCGCAAGACGACAAAAGCCGCGGGGAUUACAUGAGCACCUGCGCACACGCACCAGAGUGUAGUUCUGGACCUUUCUAUUCUCCUUCAGUUGGGAGCUAUUAUACAUUAAAAACGUUCCUUACCUAUCGGUACCUGGUUUUCUGAUUCCGGGAUCUGCAUAAUAGCAUAGAAUAGAAUAAAAGUACCGUAUUUUCCGGACUAUAAGGCGCACUUAAAAUCAUUUGGUUUUUCUCAAACCUCAACAGUGCACCUUAUAACCCGGUGCACCUUCCAUCCAUCCAUCCAUCUUCUUCCGCUUAUCCGAGGUCGGGUCGCGGGGGCAGCAGCCUAAGCAGGGAAGCCCAGACUUCCCUCUCCCCAGCCACUUCGUCCAGCUCCUCCCGGGGCAUCCCGAGGCGUUCCCAGGCCAGCCGGGAGACAUAGUCUUCCCAACGUGUCCUGGGUCUUCCCCGUGGCCUCCUACCGGUCGGACGUGCCCGAAACACCUCCCGAGGGAGGCGUUCGGGUGGCAUCCUGACCAGAAGCCCGAACCACCUCAUCUGGCUCCUCUUGAUGUGGAGGAGCAGCGGCUUUACUUUGAGCUCCCCCCGGAUGACAGAGCUUCUCACCCUAUCUCUAAGGGAGAGCCCCGCCACCCGGCGGAGGAAACUCAUUUCGGCCGCUUGUACCCUUGAUCUUGUCCUUUCGGUCAUGACCCAAAGCUCAUGACCAUAGGUGAGGAUGGGAACGUAGAUCGACUGGUAAAUCGAGAGCUUUGCCUUCUGGCUCAGCUCCUUCUUCACCACAACGGAUCGAUACAGCGUCCGCAUUACUGAAGACACCGCACCGAUCCGCCUGUCGAUCUCACGAUCCACUCUUCCCUCACUCCUGAACAAGACUCCAAGGUACUUGAACUCCUCCACCUGGGGCAAGAUCUCCUCCCCAAACCGGAGAUGGCACUCCACCCUUUUCCGGGCGAGAACCAUGGACUCGGAUUUGGAGGUGCUGAUUCCCAUCCCAAGGCAAACUGGUCCUAGGUGAGGGAUCAGACAAAGAGCAGCUCGAAGACCUCUAUGAAGAACACUAACAAGGAACCCAGAUUUCCCUCGCCCGGAUGCGGGUCACCGGGGCCCCCCUCUGGAGCCUGGCCCGGAGGUGGGGCACGAUGGCGAGCGCCUGGUGGCCGGGCCUGUCCCCAUGGGGCCCGGCCGGGUACAGCCCGAAGAGGCAACGUGGGUCCCCCCUCCAAUGGGCUCACCACCCAUAGCAGGGGCCAUAGAGGUCGGGUGCAGUGUGAGCUGGGCGGCAGCCGAAGGCAGGGCACUUGGCGGUCCGAUCCUCGGCUACAUAAGCUAGCUCCCGGUGCACCUAAUGUAAGGAAUAUGUUUGGUUGAGCUUACCCGCCUCAAAGCUAUUUUAUUUGGUAUAUGGUGUAAUGACAAGUGGGGCGGUAUGGCGUAGUGCAAGUGUGCCAAACUCUGGCCCGCGGGCCAAAAUUGACCCGCCAUGUAAUUUCACUUGGCCCUUGAGGCGAUAUCAAAUUAACACUAGAGCUGGCCCGCCGAUUAUAUUCUCAUACUUGCCAACCCUCACGGGAGACUCCCAAAUUUCAGUGCCCCUCCCGAAAAUCGUGACGUCCGCUUUUCAUCCAGUCCAACGAGUGCUGGC